AUGCCAAAGCCGUCAGAUCCAAGUGACAGUCUUCCCGAUUUUCAAGAGCUAUCAAAACUUCCCGAUGAAGUACUAACCACCAUUUUUGAACUCCUUCCUCCGGAAUAUGUCCAAGAGUUUCUCUUGUUUCUACCAGCCACAAGAUCGUUCGUGGAGUCUGAAUACUUCUCAGAGGUUCACUUUAUAGUGUCACCCACCAGAAGGCCCUACGUUACUUCUUUGACGCAACUGAAGCUCCAGUAUUGUGCAUUCAAAAGCUUUUUUGACAUAACCCAAUUUCUUGACUGCAAUGAAGAUUUUAUACCUAAAAAAUUACUUCUUGUCAGUGGAGGUGAUUUUCAGUCAUUGACCACAUUGUUGAGAUUUUACAGAAAAUGGAUAACUAGAGUUCCAAUCCUUGAUUUCACCAUUGAUACCCAUAGCUUAACUACUGAUGACUUCAGUUUGCUACUCUCGUUCCCAAACCUCAAACGCAUCCAUUUUUCAGGUGUUGAGAUGGAUUGGACCACUAAGUUUCUCCGAAAACUGCCUGAAUUCCGGUCUCAUCCUGGUCUAGAAAAUGUUAUUUUUUUGGGACAUGGCAUAUACUCGUGGAAAGAUAUAGACUUCCCUCCAAAUGUUCGUCAUCUUGAUCUAUCCUGGACUAAAACUGAUGUGUUAAGUAUUAAUUUAUCAGAUAAAAUAUCUGAACUCUACCUUAAUAACGCCGGGGUCAGUCUGGAGAAUUUGUCUAGUAUUAGAUUUCCUCCGAACUUGAAAACUCUUAUGAUGACAUACAACAAGUUGGAAACAUUUAAUCUAGAUGUUCUUCCAGAAUCGCUAGAGACAAUUGACCUAUCGUUCAAUGGAAUUCAGUGGUUUGAGGGUUCAAAAUGGCCUGCUGGUUUAAAGUCCAUUUUCUUGGCCAGCAACCAUCUUGGAGAUGAUGAGAUGAAACAGUUGACGCUGGUACCGUGGCCCCAAAACCUCGAACGAUUAUCAGUCGAAGCCAACAUAUUUACAGACUUAAGAAAUUUGGGCAACCUACCCAGUUUAAACUGGCUUGAUGUGGGAAUGUGUGAAAUACGAGGAUUUGAGGGCUUUGAGUUUCCUUCCAGUUUAAGGUACUUGAGAAUGGGUAGUUGCGAAAGGAUAGCAUGGCCCACAGGACCACCCGGGCAAAGUCAACAACCCGACCCUACUUCAAACUAUCCCGAUAGAAAUCGAAUGGUUUUUCCUCCAUCACUUCUCGAGCUUGAUUUAAUGUCAUGCAAAAUACCAUCACUUCAUUAUUUCUCAUUCCCCAAAUCCUUGACAAAAUUGGCCCUUUCAGGUAACAGAAUCACCAGUCUCGCUCUGUACGAAGACGAGAAGCACAGAUGGUCAAUUCUCGAGAACCUCGUGGAGCUCGAUUUGUUCAAAAACCGUAUUACGUCCCUUGACCACUGGAGACCACCCGCUUCGUUGAAAUCCCUUGACUUAAGCGACAACAAACUCACAAAGAUAUCUGGACUGCCAUUAUUUGACGUCAGCUACAAUAGCCACACCACCAAGCUCCACACCAUCAAUGUCUCAGAAAAUAGCAUUACCGACAUUAAUGGCAUACAUCUCCCUGAGAAUUUGGCAAGGUUGAAAUUGCGGGAUAAUUUGCUCGAAACCGUCAGUAUCUCGCCAAGCAUCGCUAAUCAUCAGGUUUUGCGGGAGUUGGACCUCAGUCAGAACAGGAUCCGCAGCCUCCAGUUUACUGGAAAAGGCACAGGGAAGAUACAAGAGGUGGAUCUUAGCGGGAAUUUGCUCCUCAAAGGGGGUGAAGGCGGAGCUCUUGGGGUACGAGAAAAAAUGGGACAGUUCUACGACGAUUUCGAAGCCGGGUUUGGCGUCAGGGUCAGUGCCAGGAAGUUCAAUGUCAACAGUGUCCACAGGGUGGUUUCAUCGUGA